AGUUGCUAGGCUGCAGUCACGCACCCUGCGCUGCGGAGAGGCGAUGCUUUAACGGGCAGUCUUGCACGGUCCUUCACGCCGGGUGCGCUCUCAGCCCAGCUAUGAGAUGGGAGACAUGAUCGGCGGCAGACGAAAAGGGUCUCUACCGUAGAGACCGGGUCUUACCCAUCUUAAGAAGGAGCAGAAGUAGGAGUCGUUUAGCCCGGCACUCUCGGGUUGCAUUGCUGCAGUUAAAGGGGACAAUAUGGAUAGCAUAGAGAGGCUUAUUAUGAGAGUCUCGUAAUUCGGAUCGUUAUCUGAAGAGGGAAAUUUCGGGAAAGUGUCGGCAGGGCACUGGGCGGUGUGUGUCUUCGUUUCCAGCUCUGUAGUACCCUAGCACUUCUUGUGUGCCAAUUAAGUCGGUUAAGGUGAUGGAGAAGCCAAUCCAACCGCAGCUGCAGGCCACCAUGCCGAAGACCGCUGAAAGUCCUGUUGAGGACCUGUCGAAACUUACGGAUGAAGACCUUCUCAAGUGGAGCAAGGAGGAGUUGGUACGGCGGUUGCGGAAAUCCGAAGCGGAAAAGAUGAGUGUCAUAGUGGACCACAGCAACCUCAUCCGCGAAGUCAACCGCAGGCUUCAGCAGCACCUGAACGAAAUACGAGGAUUAAAGGAGGUAAAUCAGAAACUCCAGGAGGAUAACCAAGAGCUGCGGGACCUUUGCUGCUUCUUGGACGAUGACCGACAGAAGGGGAAGAAGGUGUCGAGGGAGUGGCAGCGUCUAGGGCGCUACAGCGCGGGCAUCAUGCGAAAAGAAGUAACCAUCUACCUGCAGAAGCUGAAGGAGCUGGAGCAGAAGCAGGAGGAGGUGCUGAAGGAGAACCAGGAACUUAGGGAGCUGUGCCUCCUUCUGGAUGAAGAGAAGGCCGCUGGAGGUCCAGGCAGCUCAGUGGGCACUGGGGGACCGGUGGGCUGCAGGAACUCCAUCGACAGCCAGAGCAGCCUGUCGCACGCCAGUGUGCCUGGGCCGGGGUUGCUGAGGGACGUUGGCGAUGGGAGCAGCACCUCCAGUGCAGGCAGCACUGACAGCCCUGAUCACCUCACGCACAAGCAGCAACUGCUGGCUGGUCCAGCAGGGGGCACUCCCGAGCACCUUCACAAGCCCCGGGCAGGAGUCCAGGAAGAGGUGCCAGGCCCAGAGCACGCUGGCCGCCGACGGAGCACCAGCCCGGAGUACACCGCCCACACCUUCCCUCAGGUGUGUAGGCCACGCUGUGGGUCCUUCUCCAGCCCUGAUUAUAAGGGCCUGCGAGGCCUCAUCCCAGAGAAGCUCGGCAAAAGUCUGACCAGGGGCAGCCCCGAGCAGUUCUCCAAGCACGUGCUAGUGUCCUCUCAGCCCCCCGGGAGCCCAGAACUCUUCCAGAAGCACAGGGCAAGCAUCGGAAGUGUGUGUGGGAGCCCGGAGCACAAACAGAUACUGACAGGGACACCUGAGCACCUGCAGAAGAGCCGUGUGGUGGCAGGGAGCCCUGAGAUGCUGCGGCACCAGUACAGUGUCAGCCCAGAGCAUGGCAAGUUCAGCCCUGGCCGGGAUGUGCCCCAGAAGAGGUUGGGAGGAGAGGAGGUGUCCCCACAUCACCGGAGCAUCUACAGUGGUAUGAAUGCUCUGAUAUCUGCUGGCUGCUGCACCAACUCCUGUAGAAGUGUGAAGCUUUGGGACAGCUUUGAUGCCUCCUGACCGUUGCUUUGAUUGGAGCCGGUGGAGGCUUCCUGGCCUCAGGAGGAGCCCGAUUCUUUGUCUUUUGCACUGGAAGAAAGAAAAGGAGAGGAACCAAGAGAGAAGGGGAACGCAGAUUUGAAGGAACUUGUGCAGCAGCCAGUGUCUUGUGUCUUCUCCACCCCAUGCUGGGUUCAGGUUUCCUAUUUCCCCUUUUAGAGCCCUGCAGAUCAGAAACCUGGUAGAGGGAUUCCACAGGAUUGAGCAGGUUGGAAACCCCCAAAUGGAAUUCUGUAAUUGGAGGUGAAGGAUACUUUCUGUGUUGCCAACAAAAUAGACCUACCUCCUUUAAACAAAAGCAGAUGAAGCUUAAUUAUAAAAGUAUGAAAUAGAUUACAGAGGCUAUCACAACUUUUGUUUACAGGUGCCACUUACAAUCACACAUGAGCAAGCACAGACAAGAAAGUACUAUUUCCAGUUGGAUUCACUAAUAAAGUUUAAUUGGAGAUACUGUGCAUCACAGAAAAUUAAAAUGAAAAGUAUUGUCAUAGCAAUCACUGCCUUGCUUCCAUUAAGAGCUUUGUGAUGACCAUUAAAUGUCCUAAUUAUGUUAAUUAUGAUCAUACUAUAGGUUACAAAUACAGUAUUUAUAAGUUGAGCAGGCUAUGCUCACCAAUUGUCAUUAGGACAUGGGAUGGCACCCCCAGUGCAUUGAUCCGGUCUGUCAUCAACCAGAGACUACUGAUGAACCAUGUGGGAGAUGAAGUGCUGUCUGAUCUGAUGCUUUUAGGAAGCACAAAGCCAGCCUUAAAUGUACCCUCACCUCUCAGCCUGUGCUAACGGACCAUUCAGGAGGGGCCGAUAUUAAAGACUUAACUAACAGUCUCCAAACACCACUGUCUCCCAAUCCUCCCACACUACAAAUACCAUCAUGCCUUGCUUCUGCCCAGGUGUUUGUGUGAACCUGUGCCCUGAUAGACAUUAGAAAAAACAUGCAGACAUACACAGACACACGCACACACAC